AUGGUGUCGGACUUAGCACUCGCGUCUUUAAACAAGAAUCAGAACUCUGUCCGCAGUGUCAGCUCAGACAAGCGCAUUAAUGAAGCAUUUAACGCUGACUCCUGCGUCGCUCACUUCUACUGCGAUUAUUCUGCCUACCAUGUACCAUUCAAUCUUCCAAAUAAAACUCAAGAAGAGAUCCUUUCCGUGACUCAGGAGUUCCUUGCCAUCAAAAAUGACAACUGGGGUUUUACUACGCGAUACAUACAAUCAGACGGCGAGAAGGGUUUAGGAAAGAAGUGGAAGGACUUUGUCAUAAUAAAGGGAAUCACUUUCAAUCCACCGCCGCCGGACACGCCAGAUCAGAACGGUGAUCACGACUAUCGCUCGUAA